AUGCCCCCAAAAAAUGAGUCGGUGACUAUUGAAGCAAUGGACGCCCAAGCUAACCUUCACAACUUGGCAGAUGAUCUUAACCCGCCAAGUCCGGCUCGUAAUUCGAGCCCCACUAAGGCGGCUGAAGACGUUCCUCCUCAUGAAAGGAACGAUGAUGAGAUUGCUAUUACUGGGGAGGCUUAUAAAACUCCAGAAAUCUCCAAUGUGCUCACCAAGCUCACAGCAAAAGACGAGACGCCCUUGUCUGAGAAGGGAAAAAUGAGCUGCCCAAUUAUGAGGAAUUCAGUGCUGAAGAGCUGCACACAGGCUACUUGGCCCGCCUUUCUACCAGCCGCGACAUGGGAAGCUGGCAUGGUGAAUAUGAUGAAGAGGAAAUAUGAGACAUUCCUAUGGGAAAAUCCUACGAAUAUAACUCAAGGCAAUCAUUUGUCCAUGGAGAAUGUCAUCAAUUACCUCAAGAUGGAGAAGAACAGGAUGGAGAUGGAGAGCCUCGAGUCCAAGAUGCUGGUGGCCACCCAGUCCAUCGACACCACCACCUCCGAGAUCAUCAGGCUCAGAGAAUCCGAGCUGUUUCCUCAGCUACUUGAGCUGGUUGCUGGCUUGAUGAGCAUGUGGAGGGGCAUGUAUGAGUGCCAUCAGGUACAGACCCACAUGGUGCAGCAGCUUGAAUACCUGACCAUGAGCAGCAACCCAACCUCCAAUGACCACCGGCAGGCAGCGCUCCAGCUCGAGAUCGAGGUGGACAGGUGGUACUCGGCGUUCUGCAGCCUGGUUAAGUCCCAGAGAGAUUAUGUCUACUCGCUGACCGGCUGGCUUCGCCUCUCCCUGUUCCAAUGCCUUCACAACCCACUCAUGAAAGACAUCCAGAACUCCGACAUCUAUAGCCUGUGCGAGGAGUGGCAGCUGGCCAUCGACCGGAUCCCCGACAAGGUGGCCUCAGAAGGGAUCAAAACCCUCCUGUCGGUGAUCCACGCUGUGGUAGUCCAGCAGGCGGAGGAGCAGAAACAGAAGAAGAGGUCAGAUGCUGCAUUCAAAGACUUUGAGAAGAAGACAGAGGAACUGCGGUCUCUGGAGUCCAAAUACGGGCCAUACUCUGCCGCAGGCUAUGGAGAGAUGACGCGGAAGACACCAGUAGCAGAGAAGCGGGCGAAGGUGGAGGCCCUGAGGAGCAGGGCGGACGACGAGAAGAGCAAGCACGAGAAGAGCGUCGGGGUGACGAGGGCGAUGACCCUGAACAACCUCCAGACAGGCUUCCCCAACAUCUUCCAGGCGAUGACAGGCUUCUCCAGUGUCUGCAUGGAGGCGUUCGAGUCGGUGUACAACUUCAAGCGGAGCUUGGACCGGGCGCUCGACAUGAAGAGGCUGCUGACCUGAUGAGAGUGGCAUUGCCUGUGGUCACUGUAUAAAAUGUAUACAGUUUGUAGGCUUGUAGUGUGAUGGUAGUAGGGCUGGAAGAGAGUUUGAUUUUACAGAGCCAACUUCAUUGGUCUGGUACCUGGUGACUAGUCUAGGCAUAGAAAUGCCUGGAGCUCGUUUACUUGCUGUAAAUGAACUCGAGGCCUUGCCUUCCUUUCUUUUUGCCUGGCUUCUACUAGCUGUUAAUCAUUCAAAAUCUGGCUGUUUUGAA